AUGUCUCGGUUGACGUAUUUGUUUAUAUUCGGUUUUCUUGCUUCUUCUGUGUAUGCAGCAUCUAUAAGUAAUAAACCCAAUGACAAAAUUGAAAACAACGAAGAAUUGCUAUCGUCAAUUAUAUCAGACUGUUUUGGUCCGAGUAAUACAAUGGCUUGUCUCAAAGAAAAAGUUUUGACAUAUUUAGAUACAAUAUUAGGAUACAAAGAAGAAUCACGAUCAUUUUCUCAGCAAAAUAUUGAUGAAAUCAUUUUUAAUCGAGUUGCUAGGAUUUUAGCCACCAAUGAAAUUAAAGUUAAAUUGCCGAACAAGAUAUUUGAAGGAAUAACAAUAAAAUAUAACACUGUCAGUGGAUUGGAUUUAGAAACUCAAGAAGGCAGAGGUCAUCUUUUAAAGAAGAAACUUCUCUUUCCGGUUCUUUUGCUUCUCAAAUUAAAAAUGAAAGCUCUAAUGCCCAUCCUUGUCGCAUUAGUAGGUUUCAAAGCAAUGAAAGCUUAUAUUAUGGCUAAGUUAGCCUUGACAUUGGUAAUAGGGUUUUUGGUUUCUCAGUUAGUUAAAAAAAUUGGUAUGAAAAUGCCAAUGCAAAUGAAUCCAAUGCAAAUGAUGCAACCACCACAACCUGAAUAUGGGGCCCCAAUCCCACCAACAACAGGCUCACCAUCCGCUUCGUAUGAAUCUAGUAAUAAUGGCUGGGAAGGCAGUAACUAUAACUCACGUGUAUGGGACUCUUCUAAUUUAGGAGCCUCACACAAUUUGGCGUACAGUGGUUAUUACAAUCCAUCUAGUAGCUCAAACCUAGCCAGUAACACUUACACAGGAACAGGAAGUUCAUAUUCCAGCUAUUCAGCACCGUUAGCUUCAUCGCCAACUUCUUCCUCGUUAACAAGUUCCACUUCUAGUACAUCCUCUUCUACAUCAGCACAUGCAUACUAAAAUAUUUAUGAUACGAUUUUAAGUAUUUUUAAUCACUUUGUUUUAAAGGUUAAUCGAUAUCGAGCAAUACCUGCCCAUACCAAAUCUUAGUGUAUAAUAAAUUAUUA